UAUAGGACUUGAAAUUUUAAAAAUAAAUAAUGGUGGUUAUUAAUGAACUUUUUAAUUUAAACUCAAUUAUUCUAUGAAGAAGUGAUUCUUUGAUAAAUAUUGGGAUUGUAUUGUCAGUAUUUAAGAAGUGGAUUAUUUACAGAUUUAAAAGACUGUGUAUUCUCGAAGAUUUGAAUAUGGCAACAAAUAACGUUGAAAAAGACAAGACAUGCCUGGAGAAAUUGAUGGGAAAAAUGACAGAUGCCCAUUUUCCUUACUGUCAGGAAGUUGGAAAAUAUGAAAAGUUAGCAAAGAUUGGACAAGGAACAUUUGGGGAAGUCUUCAAAGCUCGUCAUCGUGAAACAAGAAAAGUAGUUGCUCUGAAAAAGGUUCUGAUGGAAAAUGAGAAAGAAGGGUUUCCUAUUACAGCUUUAAGGGAGAUAAAAAUUCUUCAACUUCUAAAGCAUGAAAAUGUUGUCAACUUAAUUGAAAUAUGUCGAACAAAAGCAACUUCUUUCAAUCGCUGCAAGUCAACAUUUUAUCUUGUUUUUGACUUUUGCGAGCAUGAUCUGGCUGGCCUGUUGAGCAAUGUCAAUGUAAAAUUCACCCUUGGAGAAAUUAAAAUGGUUAUGAAACAACUUCUUAAUGGUUUAUAUUUUAUACACAGCAACAAAAUCCUUCAUAGGGAUAUGAAAGCUGCCAACAUCCUUAUUACUAAAACAGGGACACUUAAAAUUGCUGAUUUUGGUUUGGCUAGAGCAUUCAGUGCUAUCAAGAGUGCUGAUAAACCAAAUAGGUACACAAACAGAGUUGUCACUUUGUGGUAUAGACCUCCAGAGCUUCUCUUGGGGGAAAGAAAUUAUGGACCUCCUGUUGAUAUGUGGGGUGGUGGUUGCAUCAUGGCUGAAAUGUGGACUAGAAGCCCAAUUAUGCAGGGUAAUACAGAGCAGCAUCAACUAACAUUGAUCAGCCAGCUUUGUGGCUCCAUUACUCCUGAGACAUUUCCAGGUUGUGAAAAGUUAGAUUUGUGGACCAAAUUGGACCUUCCCAAAGGGCAGAAGCGUAAAGUUAAAGAUAGGUUAAAGGCUUAUGUGAAAGAUCCACAUGCUUUAGAUUUACUUGAUAAGUUAUUGACCAUUGAUCCUGCAAAACGAAUUGAUAGUGAUACAGCUCUGAAUCAUGACUUCUUUUGGACUGAUCCACUUCCAUGUGAAUUAACAAAAAUGCUUCAACCUCAUACUCAGUCUAUGUUUGAAUAUCUGUAUUCAAGGAAGAAAGAUAAUGUCAAACAUCAUGGUGCAGGCCCAUCUCGAGCACACCCUACUGCCAAUGAUGGGCAAUACCAUGACAGAGUUUUCUAAAUGAAGUCUUACCUUUCAUGGUAAUACAAAGACAAACUGAAAUAUAUUUGUGAAGAACUGAAAGACAAAACCUUUCAGGUUACUUGAACACAGAGUAUUACAUGGACAAAAAAAUAUGCGACAUGUAUAAAUAUAUAUAUGCUUAAAUAUCUGCUUUUUACUGAACUUUUUGUAAUUAUAAAUAAAAAACCUGAUUAAA